UGCCCCCAUGGGCCUCUUUCGGUUUCUCCUGUUGGGCCCUGGAUAGCCCACCUCUGUGCCUUUCUAACAAUUUUCCCUGGGCCUUACCCCCUUGGGUUGACCCUAGGCCCAUACUCAUUCCCCCAACAAGGUCGGUGAAGUUUUAUCGAUGAGCGUCAUCAGCGGAAAAGCGUGGCCACCAUGGAGGACAUGACAUUCAUAGAGAGUCUUCGAAGGGGUCUGUGACUAGGAAUCUCUCCCCCCAGUCCACCAUUGUUGAAAAUUCCAAUAUGAGUGGGCUCUAAUUUUGGAGUUUUUCUUGGGUAAAACUUGAAUUGAUUUGAAUUUUUACUGAUUACAAUGAGUUCAAAAUUUUGUUGGUUAAGAAGUUGGAGGAGAUUAGGGGAAGUUGGCUAAGACUGGGAAAUUGGCUGCAGGAGAUGGAGAAUAUUAUGUCUGGGGGGUACGGACAAGAAGUAGAGAGGAGAGGGAAGAACCAGAGACAGAAAAUUAGCUGGGUUUAUUUUUAUUCUUUAUUUUAUUUUGUCUAAAUAUUAAUUUACUAAUCAAUAAAUAUUCAUGUGGUAUCAAAUGGUUGACUCUUGCCACAUAAUCAUUCCAAGUCCAACUCAGUAAUAAAAUUGCUACAGCAGAGUCAACUAAGAGUUGACAGAACAAAAAAUCAACGGUUUGGCUAUUAAAUUGUUUUUAAAAAAGUUUGGCUAUUAAUUUGUUUAAAAUGAAAGGUUUGGCUAUUAUAUUUUAUUUACCCAAAUAUCUUUUCUUUAUCGUUCUUGAAACCAAAUGACUUUGAUAACUACGGAUACAGGUUCCGCGCUCUUAUCAAGUGCUCAUAAUCACCAUCAAACAGAGGAAUACACACCUGAGCAAACGCUGAAUUUUCACUCAUCCUUAUUCAAUCUCUCACAUAGUGGUGUUUCUUAUCAUAAACCAGUUGGUCUCAAUAACUUGAGUUGGUGGGAGAAGGUUAUGUUGGAUCUUUUACCACACUCUUACACGCCCCCUCAAACGAAAGCCAACUCACGGGCUUGAAGUUUGCAGAGGCCCACCGUACCUUGUGAUUUAAUCAAUUGUUAAUAUUGGGGGUCGUGGAGAUUCGAACACACGACCACUUGGUCAAACCAGCUCUGAUACCAUAUCAUAAACCAGUUGGUCCCAAUAGCUCGAGUUGUUGGGAGAAUUUUAUGUUGGAUCUUAUACGACACUCGAAUUGUUGGGAGAAGGUUAUGUCAAGAACCAGUUAGUCCCAAUAACUCGAGUUGUUGGGUGAAGGUUAUGCUGGAUCUUAUACAGGCUCAUGUAUGGUACUUAACCACUUCCUUACACGCCCCCUCAAACGAAAGCCGACUCAUGGGCUUGAAGUUUGCACAGACCCGCCAUACCAUGUGCUUGAAAGACAACGGUUAAUAUUGGGGGUCGUGUGGAUUUGAACACGUGACCUCAAGGACAAACCAACUCCGAUACCAUGUCAAAAACCAGUUAGUCCCAAUAACUCGAGUUGUUGGAAGAAGGUUAUGUUGGAUCUUAUACAUGCCCAUAUAUGAUACUUAACCACUUCCUUACAUUUCUCUCCCUAUAGUAACAAUAUCUCAUAAUAAAUCACUCUGUGUUUCCCAUAAUCCCAAAAUCAAUGAUUUCACACAAUGUUCACACUUUUGCAGUACGUUUCCUUUGAUUCACCAACCUACUGUUCUUAUGGCAGUUGUGGCUGUCCUCUGGCGUUUAUUUGGCAAUCUCGUAACUGGGUUGUCGUUGAAAGAAAACAGUUUGGGUUUUCUGCCUCGAUGCGUCAGUUCCAGCAGCAAUAUGAGGAAUGGGUCCGGCUUCUGGUGGAUAAAGCCCCCCUUUGUGUCCAAACAGAGCACACCCAUCAGGAGCCUGGUCGGGUGGACGGGGCUGUGUGCAUGUGGGAUGGGACUGUCCGGAGUGGUUCGCACUCGGCUGGAGGUUUGGUUAUUCUCACCCCGGAUCGGGAGGUUUUGAUGGCGAAGGGUGUGCAAUUUCCGUGGUUUGAUGACCCCUUGGUAGUGAAGUUGUUCUGUGGUGUCAGUCACUCGGCUUGGCGGAUAUUACCUUUGAAAGGGAUGCGGAAAUUAUCAUUGAGAAAAUCAACCGCAGGGAGGCUAGUGAUAGUCGGUUAGGUGCUGUGCUGGAGGAGCUCAUUCAGAUUUUUACCAGUAAUCCAGGGUUUAAUGUUAGAUUUGUAGGUCGGCGUAGCAAUAGAGUAGCCCAUUUGGUGGCUAGAAAAGCCCUCUCUUUAUUCCCAACUAUGAGUCGUUCUUUUGAUUUCUGGGCCUGGCUAGGUUCCAGGAUGUAAUACCUUUUUUGAUCAAUACAUGAUUAUCUUUUGUAAAAAAAAAAAAGUUCACACUUUUGCAGUAAAACUCACAAGCUCUUGGUUACAGUAUGCCUUUUGCUCUCAUACCACAAUAUUAGCAAGUUGUUGGCAAACUAACCAGUUUUUAUUGAAAUCAAUGCAACUACCCAAACACAAUGUCAAUAGCCGUUUCUUACAAUCUCGUCUGAAAACCAACCCACGUUUGACCCCAUGACCCUUAAAACUAGCUAACAAACCUUCCAUUAACUUUAGUUAUAAGCUACUGGCUCAAUUGCAUAAGAUAAACACGAGUUCUGACA